GCUACUGCCCGAGCAACAGCAGUAGAGGCAGAAGCAGGCGAAGCCGCGGGCUGAGUGAUUACACAGAGGACAGCUAAAUACCUGCUCGCUCGGAAGCGCGAAACACGCCCCCUCUGUAUUUAGAGUUUGAAUAAAAUUACCUAUAAAAUCGCCUGUCUUCUUCUCCAUUGAACAUAAAACGGAAAGGACGGUCCGUAAAGAAGCGAGGAUGUUGGUCCCCGCGGGAAGAUAAUGAAGAGGCUGCGCGUUUUGUUGGUGUGCCUCACUGUAGCUUUCCUGUGCUGGUCUCCUGGUCAUCAUGUCCAUUGUUCAGAACAGCCCUCUACAGGCCUCACUGCACAGGAUAGUAGCCCUCACACAACACAGGAGGAGGGGGCUGACGAUAAGCAGGUUGAGGAGGAAUGGCAGACACAGUCAUCGUACAGCGUGGGGCUGGAGACAGAGAGGGCUACACUAGAGGAGCAGCUUGUGGAAAGUGCUCCAUACGAUGACAAACACGAACAGACUGUGAAUAUAGUAGAAGAGGAGGUGAUGGAAGAGGUACCCCCUGCCCAUGAACUAGGACCACACCAAUCAGAGCCCCAUUCUGAACCAGACCAGCAACAGCUUACCCAGACACAAGCCUCCACAUCAACACCAUCACCACUUUCACCCCAGACCCAGGCAGAGGUUGAACUCCCUCAGCCCUCGGCCACCCAGGACCAGGCUGCUGCUGCUACUGCUUCUCCUGCUGAUGAACCCCAUGGAGAGCUGCAGAUAGACCCCAACACAGAAGUCCCCCUCUCUGCUGAGCCCAAUGCCCCAGAACCAGCCUCACCUACCUCACAAACCUCCCCCGAACCCCAUUCCAGUGCACUAGAGGUUGCCAGUGCUGGUGCCCCACUAAAGAACUCUAGUGACAGUCAGUGUGAGGUGGGCUCUGUGGCCCUCUCCAGCCAGCCCCUUGCCUCUAACUCCAGACUCAGCAGCAUUGUGACAGUGAAACCAUUGGAGAAUGAGAGGACGGGGACCAAUCCACCGGCAACCAACUCUUCACCCCCUUCUGAAGACAAGCAGGUGGUUGACCCAGAGGGAGGGACCGAUCCCCCCGGUAAAGAGGACAUCCCUACCUUUGAUGAGUGGAAGAAGAAAGUGAUGGAGGUGGAAGAGAAGAAAAGUCAGUCUUUGCACACUUCAUCCAAUGGCAGUCCACACCCAGUCAAGAAAGUCCAGAAGAACUUUAAGAAUAACUAUGCGUCUGUGGAGUGUGGGGCCAAAAUCCUUGCAGCCAACAGCGAGGCCAAGAGCACUUCUGCUAUCCUAAUGGAGAAUAUGGAUCUGUACAUGCUGAACCCCUGCAGUAAUAAGAUCUGGUUUGUCAUUGAGCUCUGUGAGCCGAUCCAGGUGAAGCAGUUGGACAUUGCGAACUUUGAACUCUUUUCCUCCACACCAAAAGACUUCCUGGUGUCUAUCAGUGAUAGAUAUCCAACAAAUAAGUGGAUCAAGCUUGGCACCUUUCAUGCCCGAGAUGAACGCACAGUGCAGAGUUUUCCUUUGGAUGAGCAGCUGUACGCUAAAUACGUGAAGAUGUUCAUCAAGUACAUGAAGGUUGAGCUGCUCUCACAUUUUGGAUCUGAACAUUUCUGCCCUCUUAGUCUGAUCAGGGUGUUUGGCACCAGUAUGGUCGAGGAGUAUGAUGAGAUAGCUGACUCCCAGUAUCCCUCAGAGAGGGUCGAGUACCUGGACGAGGACUAUGACCUCCAUUUCUUAGAUUACCCACCGGGCUACCUUCCGUCUGAAGACAAGCCUUCAAAGAACCUCCUGGGUUCUGCCACAAAUGCCAUUCUCACCAUGGUCAACAACAUUGCUGCUAAUGUUCUAGGUGGGAAGCCAGAGCUUGAGGAUGGAGCUCCGAUGGAAGGGAAUACAUCUUCAGGGACGGAAAACGUCACAGGAGUGUCAACAGAGACCCUAGUCGCACCAACACCCACCCCCAUAGAGCAACAAGCAAUGCUGCACACUCCAGUGCUGGACCCCACUCUGGUAAAGGAGGAUUCUGAAUCAGUCCCUGAGUCUCCCACUGAGGAGAGCCGCAUUGUUAUCCUCAUUGAAGAUGAGGAGGAGGAGCCGACCCCGCCCACUGUGACCCUGCUGGAGGAGGAGGAGCGGGAGGAGGAGGAGAGGAGGCAUGAGGAGGAAGCAUGGGAGAAAGAAAGCAUCUUUUACUGCAGCCAUCUCAAGACCUUGUCCUGCCUGGCCAGCCUCCAAGAGCACCUGCACCUCUACUGCUCGGCCGCUUUGGCCCUCCAGCGUCUGCGUCGGGACCGGAACACGCGUGCCAGUGCACACGCUCAAACGCACACAUCCCCCACUGUCCCCACUCCAACCCAAACUUCUUCACCAUCUUCUGAGAAGCUUCCAGAGGCAGAGCAGCCCACUCAGUCCCCUCAGGAUGAGAAGAUUGCUCCAACUGAUACAGUCCCAGCUCCCCCUCAUGUGCCGGAACAGCUGGAGCCCAGUGUGGAACUGUCACCUGAUAGCAUCUUGCUGGAGCCCAGCCACACCUCCCCCAUCCCCCCUCAUAGCUUCUCAGACACUUCACUUUCAAGACCCACCCCCACCCAGGAUGUCCCGGAGACUCCGCCCCUUACAGGUGAGCCUCAGGAUUCCAGACCCCAGCACCUGGAACACGUCCCAGAGAGCAGCAGCAGCUCCCUCAGCCCCAGCUCCACCAUCUCCAUGCUUACUCCCACCUCUGAUCUCCUCAGCUACGUAACAAACAGAGUAGAACUCCCCACGCAAACCAAAGAGCAGCCGCUCCAGCCCCUCCCCACGCACACCCGGCCUGCUGAAAUCCCCCCUCCAACUGAACUCCCUACAGCCACCCCUGAGGCUGCAGAUCCAAACCGAUCUGCGUUGCCUGAGGAUCUCCAACAUAAAACUGAGGCCGCCGAGGCCCCUCCCCUCACUCCCCAAGAGGAGGAGGUGGAGGACAUCCUCCUCAGUGUGCCGGCCAGCCAGAGUGGUGCACAGCGGACGGCUACAGACUUUUAUGCCGAGCCCCAGAACUUGUCUGAGCUGAGCCACAGCAACGGCAAUGGCAACCCGGUGCACGGCUCCAACCAGAAAGAGUCUGUCUUCAUGAGACUCAACAACAGGAUCAAGGCCUUAGAGAUGAACAUGUCCCUCAGCAGCAGAUACCUGGAGGAGCUCAGCCAGAGGUACCGUAAGCAGAUGGAGGAGAUGCAGAGGGCCUUCAAUAAGACCAUCAUUAAACUGCAGAACACCUCCAGGAUCGCAGAAGAACAGGAUCAGAAACAAACAGAUUCCAUCCAGAUGUUACAGAGCCAGCUGGAGAACGUCACCAAGCUCAUGCUUAACCUGUCUGCUACUGUGAGCCAGUUACAGAAAGAAGUGUCAGACAGACAGAGUUACCUGGUGGUGUCUCUGGUGUUGUGUCUGGCUCUGGGCUUGCUGCUGUGUACGCAGUGCUGCCGCAGCUCCUCUAAUCACAACCGAAGCUCAGCCAUCCCUGUGAGCAACCACUACCCCAGCCCCAAGAGGUGUUUCUCAUCAUAUGAUGAUAUGAGUUUGAAGCGGAGAGUUUCAUGCCCUCUCAUGCGCUCCAAGUCUUUUCAGCUGCCUACCUCAGAAGUAGGUCCUGAUGACUUGUACAUUGUAGAACCUCUAAGGUUUUCUCCAGAGAAAAAGAAGAAACGCUGCAAAACGAAAGGUGGAGAGAAGGCAGAGACUCUGAGGGCCUCCGUUGCCGAAGAGAUGAUUGCUAACGGCGGCCCUAAGAAUGACAGCGUCAGUGUGCCACACUUCCUGCCAUCGACCUGUGAUGGCAACACGUCCACCUGCUCAUCCAGAGAUGGUGUGUCUGAGGGCAGCUCUGAAGGCUCCUCCUCCACCUCCUCCUCCUCCUCCUCUUCCUCGUCCACAGCAUCGGAUGAGUCCUGCUGCAGCGUGCAGUGCAACGGUCAGCUUUCGUCGAGUGUGCCGCCAGCCAAAAACAGGGAGGAGAAAAGGUCGUUUAAGCGCCGGCGCUCCAAGAUUGGUGAACAGCAGCAGCAAAAGCAGCAGCUGCCACCUCAGCCACAUAGGCGAUAUGGGGCGGGGCUUCUACAUACCCCCAUUCCCGUGGCAACGGGUGUCAUGCCAACGCUACAAGAGCUGAUGAAGGGGAAACAGGAACUAGGCGUGGGGGCGUUCGGAGUGACUGCAGCUGUGACUGGCCGCGUCUGAGUUUAAAGACCACCCCUCCAUCAGCACUGUAUCACACAAUUAAGUCACACACCUGUACAGAUGGACAAAGGGACACGUCACUCCUGUGCUGCAUCACCUCUUUUUUUGCGUCAACAAGGAGGAAGGCGUGGAUUUAGUCCUGUUCUAUAGUGUUCUCUCUCUCUCUCUCUCUGUCUCUCUCUCUGUCUCUCUCUCUGUCUCUCUGUCUCUAUCUAACCAUUCACAGAGCCAGACUCUGCCAGAUAUGUUCAAGCACAGAGUGGAACAAGGACUCCAUGACAACAGUAAUCACCCCCCACGUAUUUUCCCUUUCAUUCUGAGAUCCUCUCCUCUUUUAUGUGCCUUUAUUUGUCCGUUAUUGAACUCUCACAAAGAGGUGAUCAGUCCACAGAUAGAGGUGAAGGGUCCUUUUUCAUUUUCUUUCAUUUUUGGAGAGAAAUACAAUUUAUUUCCGGGGGGGGUUACAAAGAAGACUAACUUUUGAAUAGUAUGAAUGGGACUGUUUUUGUUUGUUUCUCUGUUUGUUGUACUUUCCCUCUCCUUUCUUGUCAAGUGGACCAGUACAUGACUUCAUCACUAGAUAUCAUUUGUUCUUGCUCAUGGCCAGGAUGAUGAAAGGGAGGUUCCAUGGAGGACAGCAGUGACCAUCAAGACCAACCUCCCUCUCUUUCUGACACACUACCACAGGCCUCAGGUCCCUGCCUGCUGUCUCUUUCCCCGCCAGGCCCCUCCUACUGCCACUCUCACUCUCGUAUUGUUCAGAUAUGGUCAGUGUUUGCUACAUUCUCUUGUGUUUCUAGUUGAGAAACAGGUUUAUUUUCACUAACAUGCUCUUUCUCUUCUUCCUCUGUCUGUUCUGCUUGGGCGUAUGUGUAACUCCAGCUCUUUCAUUGUUCCUGGUGUUUUUUUUGGUGGGACCAGUGUUUUACUCAGUAUCAUUGUAGCCCAGGGCUGUCCAGCACUUUACCAUGCUUCAGUCCAGUGAACUGAAUGAGCAGAACUGAAUGAAGAACAGAUCCAUUUCUAUUUCUUUUGUUUCUUUUCGCUAUUGUGUCUGACAGGACCCUGUUAAAACUCCUCUCGUGUUUUGACAUGACAAUUAUUCAUGAUGAUGAUGGUGAUGAUCAUUAUCAUCAUCAUAAGUUCAGGCAGGGCCUGAACUCAACAGCAGAGACAACACAUACAACAUAAGUCAUUCAGAUUCAUUCCCUUUUUAUGGCCUUUUGACUCCAGCUUUUUCAAACAUGUUUACUGUUUACUCUUUGUUUACUACAUGAGCCAACAUUGGAGGGAGUUGUUUAUGCCAAAUGGCCAGUCUGAAACACCUACAUACAUGUAUUUCAUAUAUAUAUAUAUAUAUAUAUAUAUAUAUAUAUAUAUAUGCACAGAAACACACACUCUGGCGCACCACCCAUGGGGAUUCUACAGUGGACACUGCGUUUGCUGUUUUAUUUAUCUAUUUAUUUAUUUAAAUGUCACUUUUGACUUGGGCUGUUCUGAGUUCAAGAUCCUUGGUCAAGCAGGGUGUUCCCUUCCAGUGUCCCUGUAGUGUGUUCACAAUAUUUAUUGAAGAAUGCACACUUUGCACACAUACGUCUCCAUAGAAUCUACCCAUGGAAUAUGCAAUGGUACAGAUGCCCUAAAAUGCUUUCUUGUUUUUGUCCUUUUUAAUUACAUUUCUGUUUUAUCGAGUACAGAGAAAGCUGGAGUCUGAGCGCCAGCCAAAACCCUCCUCAGAUUCCAUUACAUAGAUCAACAGUUUUCAUUUUAUCUUUCAAAUUACCUUUAAUUUUUUCAUUCUUUCUAAUAUUAGAAGCCAGACGUCAGACAUUGGUUAAAGAAAGUGCGUCUGCUUCUGUCUGAGGUUUAAAAAGAAAAGGAAGAUCUUUCCAUUUCUGUCGAUGGGUCUGUUCUGACGAGUUCAUGUCUGAUUGGUAGUAAUUUAAAAAGAAUACUGGAGCUCUGCUUAACUGUGUGUUUGUUCAAGUGUCUGUCACAUUUCUAAUUUGCCUGCUUUCAUUGAGUGAUACCUCCUUUCAACACACGUAUCUCUCUCCCAUUCCUAUGUACGCCCGUGUAAAUGAAGCUUUCUUCUCACCUCACCCUCACUGGCAUUGUACCUGCUGCUGUAUCUCUCCUGUUCUCUCUCUUUCACUCUCAUGUAUAUUAAUAUAUGUAUGUGUAUGUAUGUCUGCACUCACUGGACCACUUUACUUCUCACUGUAGUUUUAUUCUGUUGGACGAACUGUUUAAACGUAGCAUGAUUUUAGCCAACUGGUCAUUGUGUCGCAAUUUCAUCCGCUCAUCCUUUCUCCUCUGAAAAGAACAGUAAGCUCUCUCUAAGGAUAAAAAAUGUGAAUUCCUGAUUUGGGGGGUAUUAAAGGGAACAGAUUAGAAUGGUUCUUAGAGUUAUUCCACAUUCGGGGAGGUGGGGGGGAUUAAUGCUCUUUAUGCAUCUCUAUCAUGAUCUCUUUCUACUUUUUUUUUUCUUUUUUUGAAUGCGUAUGAUAACAUGUUUGUGUAAUUUGUGUUUUGUGUACGUACGGAUGUUGUUUUGAACAGUGUGGAAGAAAAAGAAGAAUAUUUGGAGAUUAACCUGUCCUAUAAUCCGGUGGUCAGAGACCUGUGUCUGUAUGUGAUGCAGGCCCUCUCUCAGCACUUUGGAAUACUCCUCAUGCCUUUUGUUGUUUUGAUUUCUACACUAGACUUUGUUCAAGUGCUUCUUCUCCCCCAUGCUUUUCUUCACUCUGGCGCCCUCUAGUGGCUAGAUGCUCCCGUGUUAAAUUGGCCACUAGAUGGCGCCAAACAUACACCAGAUGAUCUGAGGAAGAGCUGCACAGUAUUUUUUUUUUUUUAUUCGGAACAGGAGUAACUGUAACUACAGAGAUGUAGUGCCAAUAGAAACUGUGAAUUUCUAAAUAAAAACACUUUGUCUUUGA